AUGGAAAAUCAAUCACCGACAUCAUCAUUUUCAAAUAUAGAAUUUAAAAUCGUUGUAUACUUUGGUAUGGUAAUGAUAAUUUUGAAUGGAAUCUGUACUUUAUAUGUAUUACGCAGAACAUUAACUCGAUGGAUUAUUUCAAAGAAGAGUCUUCCCAUGGCUCUUAGAGUUCCGUUUUACAUUUCCUUAUCAGAUUUCAUGCUAUUUUCGAUAAAUUUUCCCAAUAUGUUGUUUCCGGUAAUACACGGGGUACCAUGGUCUAAUUCAAAUUGUAAAAUAAUAGGGGGGAUAACAUUUUUUACGAUAUCAACAAAUAUAACAUUGGUCGGUUUAUUGGCAUUUUUGACGUAUUUACGUAUUUGUCGUAAAAUGAUCAUUGAUUUGGGAAAAUACGAUUAUAAGGCCAUUCUAUUCAUAUUAUUUACUAGUAUUGUUUAUACAAUGAUUAGUUUGCCAUCAUAUGGAUCGGGGAAAUAUUGGUGCUAUACCAACAAGACAAGUAACAUUUUACCCAUCGUUACCCUGAUAUUAAAUUUCGGAGCCUUGGCCAUAACUCUAUUCUCUUACUCACUCACGCUCAGAGAAAUCAAUUCCAUUAGUUUCAUUAAUGAUCAUAAUAGGGAAAGGGAAAAGGAGAGGGAAAGAUUUGAAUAUAGUAAUUUUAACAGUAAUACGUAUCUUAAUAGAAAUUAUGUUGAUGGUAAUACCAGUAAUAAUAACGAAAAUGUAUCAAAGAUCGUGAAAAAGAUUGAGCCGAUCGUCGUUAGGAAAAUAAUUGGUUACGUUUUAAUAUUUAUGCUUCAAUGGACCCCUCCGAUGAUUUACGUUGUUGGUCAGAUCAUUGAUUACGAUCCUUUGUGGGUUUAUUUGAUAACAGACGCAUCGGUGAAUAUGGGUGGAAUAGGUAACAUGAUUCAAUUCAUAAUAAAUGAAGGUUGGAAAGAUCCUUAUGUUCCACCCCAAAAACGUACUUCAACGAGUUCUUCCAUUAUUAUUAAUACCCCUCAUGAACCUUUCACGCAAACCCCUCUUCAUCUCCUUCCUCAAAUUAAUAACUCUACCUUUGAAGUUACAAUUAAAGUUGAAACAAAUACUGAGGUUUCAAAAAGCUUUUCUAGUGACACCUCUAAACCUUCUACCGUUACAAUAGUUAAUACUGAUAACGAACAUUUUACCAAUAAUGAAGAAACUCGUUUACCGCGACCUGCUUCUUCCAAAGAUCAUCUCAUAUAG